AUGAUCUUCUGGUUCAAGCGACACUUCGAUGAGGCAAAAUUGAUCUUAUCUUUAGUUGAAAUCAAGUUCUCCUUGUCAGGUGUCGUUCUAUUAGAGGUUUUACGUGACCUGGUAAAAAGAAUCGUGAAAGUUUGGGGACAAAUGGAGGGCUCAAAAGGAAGAAUUUUUGAAAAUUAUGAAGAAUGUCUCUCAAAAUGUUUGGGAGAUGCAACAUGUGUGUUGAUUGCCGAAACUUCAUCUGGAUGUGUGAAUUUUAAUUUUGCCAAUGUACCAAUUGUAGAAAAAUCAAAUGCCUAUUCUGGAAUCAAAAUUGGCUUCAAGAGAUCUCUUGACAAAUGUCCAUCAAAAACUGCCAAUUCCCCAUUAUUUGGCCAAACUACGAUUACGGAAAGCUAUACCUCUGAAGGAAUUUUAUACAACUACAAUAUCACCGAAUUUAAAAGUGGGAGUUCUACAAAAUGGGUCUUUAAACCUCCAACAAUUUGCCCAAAGGAUUCUAUCAAAUUAACCAGAGGGAAAAUUGAUGUUUGUGUUUCGUUUCGUUUCUUCCCCGAUUCUAAAAAAUGCCAAAAUCAAGCAAUGGGUGUAAAAUUAUGCCAAGAUUCGGGAGAUUCCGGUUUGACAGGACCAUUUUCUGAUAAGGAAAGAGAGCUUUUCGGAAACAAACUUUCCACUUAUCAGUCGGAUUAUACUCAUCAAAACUUUUGGAUUGAUGGAAAGAGAGUUGAUGGUUCAAGUUCUUACACGUUCUCUGAUUCUUCGUUAAGUUCAACAAACGGAUAUGGAUCGGUUCGAGGCGCCAACGAUGCUUGUCAUUUUUUGGCGACAAAGGGCAAUCUCAUAGGUGUGGUUCACACGCAAUCAAUCGGAGUUCGGGAUUCGGUGACGGCUGAAACCUUCACCGUCUGCACUGGCCACACGACAAGUGAAAGAAGCAGCACCGACAGAAAAAACGAAAAGAAAAAAAAAACAACCAAGAUCAACUUCUCGAUUGGAUGGUCGUUUAAUGGACGCAAAGAGGGAGAAAGGCAACGAAAAGAUGGAGUUCAGCGAGCCAGGAGGCAAAAUGUUUAA